UGACGACAGCAGCGAUAACCCGGAAGGGAAGUGAGCAGUCGUGACAUCUGUAGGUACAUAGGGAAAAUGAGUGAACAGAGGUGUGUUUGUUCUGCUGUGCCUUUUACGCCAGUGAACACUUGGCUCGUUUCAGUUAGUUAACAGCGAGAACCAGGAGCGGCGGAACUGUCCACGAAUCGGAAUGUCGUUCUAAAUGGGAGCGGUGGCCUCGUUUUUGGGUGAAUUCUCUCAGACGUGUCGGACGAUGCUAAACGGCUAGUCAACUGCUAAAAAAUAGCCAGUGUGUUGGGUUAUUUGACAGCCUGUUUCGCACCUUUGCUUUUGCACAGUCGAGGUGUUUAUCAGAAGAUUAGCUGCCAGUUGUGAGGCAACGCGGAUCUAGGUUUUCGUGACUGUUUGGCGGCGGGGGACAGCCACGUCAGCUAGCUUCUCUGUCGCUCCUGUAAGCACUUGUGUGCUUUUAUUUUGGAUUUGAGUAAUCAUUUUGCAGCGACAAAACCGAAAAAACGCUCCGUGUAGCCAUGGCUCCGAUGGGUAUCCGGUUGUCACCGCUUGGUGUAGCGGUGUUCUGUCUCCUUGGAGUCGGUGUCAUCUACCACUUGUAUUCCGGGGUCAUCUCCAGCCGCCUGGCUGCCUUCAGGUCCCAGACUCCCCUCUCAACACAGCAGAGAAGAACAGUGGAUUUGAGGGACCUGCUGGCUGUCUCAGUGGAGGCAGCAGAACUCGGUGGCAAAGAGGUAAAGCAGGUGCGUGACGAAAAUGUCCUGCAGGAGAAAUCAAAGGGCAAAACAAAGGAAGGAGCUAACGAUCCACUCACUAUGGGGGACCUGCAGUCUCACAGGAAGAUGUUUUACCUGCUAAAGAACACAUUCCCUGAACUUAUGGUGAACAGUGAAGAACACGACAACGUGGAAGAUAAUUCAAUACGAUGGAGCCAGAACAUUCCAGGUACAAUAAGUGAGAAGUUUAAGGGGAGCAGUGAAGUUCCUGUUGAGAGCAUUACUGUGUGGAUCGAUCCCCUAGAUGCGACACAGGAAUAUACAGAGAAUCUGGUGAAAUAUGUGACCACUAUGGUGUGUGUGGCUGUAGAUGGUAAACCUGUGAUUGGAGUUGUACACCAGCCAUUUGCUGGCUUCACUGCUUGGGCAGUUGUAGGUCAUGGAUCAAAUGUGAAGCGCCGCUCGUCCUACAACGCCAGCCCUAAGAAAGUGAUCGUAUCACGUUCUCACUCUGGAAAAGUUAAAAAUUAUAUUCGGAAUGCUUUUGGAAAUAGCACAACAAUCAUAGAAGCAGGUGGAGCAGGAUACAAAGUACUGUCACUGCUGGACACACAUUCAAGUGAGACAAGCACUAUAGAGGAGGCAGAUAUUUACGUCCACACCACCUUUAUUAAGAAGUGGGACAUCUGUGCUGGUGCUGCACUACUGACUGAACUGGGGGGCCACAUGACAACUCUAAAGGGAGAGAACAUCGACUACAGCGGAACUCCAGUAAAUGAAGGAGGACUGGUGGCCAGUGUAGGUAUAGAUCACAAGGCCUUACUGGAGAGACUACCAGCUAACACAGACAAUGACAAGCAGUGAAACACACAGAGAUUGUGUUUUUAGGUGGUUUGAUUAGGGUGACACAGCAGCUAGCAAGAGUGGGCUGGAAACAUAAUCAGGCCUGCAUGAUUUCAUCAUCAUGGGACACCAAACAUCUACCAUCAAGUUGCACUGGAGUCACAAUUACCAGCAUGGACAAAAGAGCAGGACUGUGGAGCCAAAUUGGCUAUGACUGGAAACUGCAACAGCUGGCACAAUGGCUCUGAAUACUCGCUCCUCUGAAAGCAUACUUUCUUGCAGCUUGGAGAACCGACAUGUCUUCCUUUUGUCAGGAACUUGCAUACAAGGACAUACAGUGGAAAACAACCCCCCCCCUUAAACUGAGGAGCACAACACUGAACACUGCAGCAAAACCCACAGAGGGACAUCUCUGGUGUUCGUCAUCUUUAUCACAACAAUCAGAAGAAAACACAAGAACAACAAAA